AUGUCACAGGAGAACAAAGUCGACACUGAUGUUAAGGAUGAUAAGGAAGCUCCACGGGUGAUCGUGGAGGACCACGUGAAGGCGGCGACUGUGGACACGAUCCAUGGUGAUGAGGCCAUGAAGGUCCUGGCGAACUACCGCGGUGAGGAGACUUGGACCGAAGAGGAGGAAAAGAAACUCAGGCGCAGAAUCGAUUUUAAGCUGAUGCCCAUCCUAUGUAUAACCUAUGGCCUUCAGUUCUAUGAUAAAGCUAUGCUAUCUCAAGCCGCGCUCUUUGGAUUGCGAUCCGAUUUGGAUCUCAAUGUUGGGGAUCGAUACUCCUUUUCCUCCGCCAUCUUCUACUUGGGAUUCAUUGCCGGCUCCUAUCCAGCCAUUGUUAUGGCGCAACGAUGGCCGAUUGAGCGAGUUGCUGCUGCCAUUGUCAUCAUCUGGGGCGGUUGUUUGCUGGCAACAAUUGGCUGCACGACAUGGAAACAUCUCUACGUACAGCGCUUCUUCCUAGGAUUUCUCGAGUCAGGCAUUUCUCCAAUGUUCAUGAUGGUAGUUGGCGGAUGGUAUAAGAAGGAUGAACAGGCAUUGCGAAUGGGUAUGUGGUACUGCUGUACCGGUUACAUCUCUAUGGUGUCCCCUCUGAUUAACUACGGACUGGGCCAUAUUAAGGGGGGUCGUUUGAGCUCAUGGCAGUACAUGUACCUCGUUGCUGGUCUACUGACGAAUACUAGUAUCUGGGGAGUCUGCAUCUUUUUCUUCCUGCCUCCGGAUCCAGUUCGUGCUAAGGGCUUUAAUGAUCGCGAGCGAUAUAUUGCCGUUGCGCGCAUACGAUCCAACAAUACCGGCGUCCGAAACACCCAUUAUAAGUUCGACCAGGUCGUUGAUGCGCUCACAGACAUUAAAUUUUGGAUCAUGUUCGCCAUGGCUUUCUUGAUUAUGAUCGCGAACGGACCUGUGGCCACCUUCAGUCCUAUCAUAAUCGCUGGUUUUGGCUAUAGCACCCUUAACUCGUUACUCCUUACCAUGCCAGCGGGAGCCAUUAUCGGUACGAUCGAGUGGGUGGCUCCGUAUAUUGCUUAUAAGGUCCCUAAUACUCGAAGCUACAUUGUUGUUGUAUGCCAGGUCGGUACCAUUAUUGCCAGCUUGUUGCUUUGGCUCCUGCCGCGCUCUCAAAAGGGCGGCCUCCUUUUCGGCGUUUUCAUCCUGGCAUCAUUUGGAGGUGGCUAUGCCGUCCAGAUGGGUCAACAGAUUGCCAACACCGCUGGGUAUACCAAGCGAAGUGUCACUAGCUCAGGAAUCUUCAUAGGAUAUUGCUUAGGCAACAUUGUCGGACCUCUAGUUUUCAAGCCAAAGGAUGCCCCAGCCUAUGCCCCCGGAUUCGUCGUUGUGCUGGUCACUUCCAUCAUCGCAGCAGUUCUGGCGAUUCUCUAUCGGUUUCUCUGCGUGUGGGAGAACAAGCGCCGGGACGCGGAAGGUGCCGAAGGAUUUGAGCAUGCUUAUGACGAUGACCUCACAGACCGGAAGAAUCCGCAAUUCCGGUACCAAUUGUAG